AUGGAGAAAUCGAGUUUCCUACACGGUAGCCGAGAGGGUAGGAAGACUUCGGAGGAAAUGUCGUGCGGUGGUCCCGAACUGCAUGAUUUCCCACUGCGUCAACUUUCAGGAGCGUACUCCAUAAACGGACUGCUGUCCGCCGCGGGGAACAGUCCCCCUGCCCACAGCCCGGCACACCUGCAAGCGGGUGGCCCCGGAACGGGAGGCCAGGUGCAAGGCGGGUCGGGUAUCGGGGACCUCAGAGACAACCAUCACCAUACGCAACAAGCACAGCAACAACAACAACAAUCUCAGCCGCAGCAGCAACAGCACCAACUCUCGCAUGCGUUCUCCACCAAGUAUCUAGGCUAUGACCAGAACGCACAAGCGAACAAAGGCGUUUCCCACCACUCACCAGCGCCACCUACUAGUGAUUACGCGCGAUAUCAAGGGGAGACCACUUCUCUGCAGUCGCUGACUUCUUUCACCGAGGAAUCAAGCAUGCCGCUGGGUCACCAGAUGAAAAGGAAGCAGCGUCGUUACAGGACGACGUUCACGAGUUAUCAGCUUGAGGAGUUGGAGAAAUCCUUUCAGAAAACCCACUACCCUGAUGUCUUCUGUCGGGAGGAGCUUGCCCUGCGCAUUGACCUCACGGAGGCCAGAGUACAGGUCUGGUUCCAAAAUCGGAGAGCAAAAUGGCGGAAACAGCAAAAACAGCAGGCCAAGGACACGCCAGGACAAAAUCAAGUAUUGCCCCCAAGUUCAAAAGGUCACUUGUCAUCACCACCUCCGGCCAACACCACGUCAUCGGGACUCUCAAAUCUCGCACUGCCAGGGAUGUCCGCUAUUUCCAGUAUGGCGCUCCCUGGAAUGUAUUUCCAUGGGAACCUCAGCGUCGAUUGGCCGCAGACAUUUCCCGGUGCACAUGCGUUGUCUGGUGCCUCUUCUUCCCCGAAUUAUAUGCCGUCAAAUAUUUGCAAGACCGAAAGUAACAGAAAGGCUACGAACUUAAGCAACUCGUUAUGUGAUGGGAUGUCUUUGGGAUCAUUGGGGUGUCAGUCCCAGGAUGGAAUGGGAGUGAGCGGGGAUAUGAGAGCGAGCAGCCUUGCUCAGCUCCGGAUGAAAGCUAAAGAACACUCGGCCAACCUUAUCUUGUCACAGUGA